UGCGUUUUGCUGGGCCCACCAAGGUCGGUCUGAGGAGGCAGCGGUCUUCUCCCACACCCCCCGACGAAGGAUCGUUGCUCCGCCCACGGGCGCCAGGAAGCCUCGACGGCCCCUUCCCGCGGGGCGGACACCCGCUCGCCCAGGGGCGCCCCUGGCCCGACGGCCCCCUUGGGGGGGCCCGAGGAGCGGCCGCCUCGCAGGCCGGCCUUUGGGGGGAAGCAGCGCCGCGUGGGCGGAGCCCGCUCGAUCCGCCAGCGGUCGGCAUGUGUCCCUCGGAGCUCUGCGAGCAGUGCGUCGGACGUCCCGUCGAAGCCAGCCGGCGAUGAUUUGUGUCUGUGUGGUGUUUCCCCUCCCGAACACGGCCCGCUCGCGGAGGCCACUGGGAGCGGGACCCGACGGCUCAGACGUGGGCGUUCCAGUCGAUGCCGAAGCGGCCCUCGAUCAUCUCGAGGAGGAACUUGUCCUGGGCCUUCUCGUCCAGGCGCACGGCCGCAAGCAACUGCCGCACCAGUGCCAGCGCCGGCUCGCCCUCGCGCCCCUGCAGCAGCGCGUCGCGGAUCGCCAGCAUGCUCUCGUUGUGCCUC